UCUCGAACAAUAUUCCUCCGGGCCUCAAGCGGGUCCACGCGCCAUGAGCUUUAAGUUCGACCACCCGCUGGACCGGCGCAAGAGCGAGGCCGAGCGGAUCCGCGCAAAGUACCCGGACAGGAUACCGGUCAUCUGCGAGAAGGCGGACAGAAGCGACAUCCCGGACAUCGCCAAGAAGAAGCGCGCCCCGGCGCCGGGCGCCUCCCGGGAGCGCGCGCGCGCGGGCCGCGCUCGACGCUUCAUCUACGUCAUCCGCAAGCGCAUCAAGCUCCCGCCGGAGCGCGCCAUCUUCAUCUUCGUCGACAACGUCAUCCCGCCGACGGCCGCGCUCAUGUCCACGGUCUACGAGGUCCAGAAGGACGAGGACGGCUUCCUCUACAUCACCUACUCGGGCGAGAACACGUUCGGCGACCUCCUCGAGGAGCUCCCCGAGGCCGACCUGUAG